AUGCGCAACACAAGUGGCGGCAUCGGCACCAGCAGUGGGAACGACUCGAGCGGGCACAGCAAAAACAGCAGCAUCAGCAGCAUCCACAGUCUCGGCACACAGACGGACCCAGGACCGGACAGCAAGAGCAUCGGCGCUGGGCGGACCGGCUUUACGCACAGCCGCCACGGCAGCAAUGUGAGCACGUCCAGCGGCCGGUCCGUGAAGCGCGUUGCCUACGCCCUGCUGCACUGGGACGACCUGCCCGAGUGGCGCCGCGACAACGUCUACAUCCUCGGCGGCUACCGCCCGACCUCGCACAGCUACGUGGCCUCCCUGGCCAGCGUCCUCGGCAUCCACAACGAGUCGGUCAACAUCUGGACGCACCUGGCCGGCGCCCUCGUGGCGGCCCUGCUGGGCGUGGCGCUGUACGUCGACGAGCUGCCCAGCAUCGCCGACGUGCUGCUGUGGCCGCUGCCCCAGGGCGUGGCCGCGCACCUCCGCGCGAUCGGCGCACGGCUCGCCGGGGCGGUCGGCGCCCUCGUCGCAGACUACCUGCCGACACCGAGUCUGUGGCUCGGCCGGGCGGCCAGCGCCCAGCUGUCGGCGGCGGGGGCGGCCGCGCUCCGCCUCCUGGGCGUGGCCCAGUACCACGCCGUCACGGCAGCGGCCGCUGGAGGCAACGCCGCCACCGCCGGCGAGACGGCGUCGUCGACGCUCGUGCUCAGCUGCUUUGCCGCCGGCGCCGUCGCCUGCCUCGGCAUGAGCGCCACCUACCACGCCCUCAGCAACCACAGCCCCGCCGUCGCCCGCUGGGGCAACAAGCUCGACUACUCGGGCAUUGUGUUUCUCAUCGUCGGCAGCUACGUGCCCACCCUCUACUACGGCUUCUUCUGCCACCCGCGCUGGCUGGCCGUCUACCUGUACCUCAUUGUGCUGCUGGGCCUGGCCUGCCUGGCCGUCUCGUGGCUCGAGCACUUCCGCACGCCCGCCUGGCGCCGGUACCGUGCUCUGCUCUUUGUCGCCCUGGGCAUGUCGGGCGUCGUGCCCAUUCUGCACGGCCUGCUGCUCCUCGAGGCGGACGAGGCCGGUGGUGGCGCCGCCGAUGCGUGGGCGGCACGGUAUGCGCGUCUCAACGAGCGCAUGGGCCUCAACUGGGUGCUGCUCCAGGGCGCCUUGUACGUCGCGGGGGCGUUUCUGUAUGCGGCACGGUGGCCCGAGAAGUGGCGGCCGGGCCGCUUUGACAUCUGGGGCAGCUCGCACCAGAUCUUCCACGUGUGUGUGGUCCUGGCCGCCGCCGCGCAUCUGCGCGGGUGCAUGGAGGCGUACCUCUACCACCACAACGUCAUGGGCGGCCAGUGUCCAUCGCCGUGA